AUGGGGAAUGGCGAACGAAGACGGGAAAAGAUCAGGUUCGUGGGAGGUAAGUGUGAGGUGUAAUUUUACACUCGAUGCAACGUGCCGGAUCUAUAUAUUUCUUCGUUUUGGCUGCUUUUUCUGACUAUCCUGCAGUCUUAUCACUGUCUCCGCAGAAGUAGCCUAUACAAUUAAUCCGUUCCCAUACCUUUGAAACCGCCGUGCCCUCAGGGCCUUUCUUUUCUCACGUUUUGUAUUUUUCCCAUGCUUGCGGCCACUUCGUUACGCUAAUAACUUCCAAAAUCAAUCCACUUUUUACUGUGUUCUGUAGUUUUUAUUUGUUCCGUGACCUCGGAUUUUAUGACAAGCCCUCAGGGGAUUGGGGCAGUUUGGGUCGCGGUUUUGGGUGAUGACUUCUCAGCCUUUGGUUCCUUCCUGGGUUCAGACGUUUAGAGUGGGUGCCUCGGCUCGUUUCCUCUGUAAAGUGGUUUUUUCGCCUAUGUUUUUCCUGGACUUUCUGUAUAAUUGUUGUUUUAAAAUAUUUUUAAUUCCGAAUAACAUUGAACUUCCCUACCUAAUCCUCGAUCGCAUGAAAAACAAGUCUUGUUGUUUUCGAAAUGCCAAGUAUCAAAAGAUCGGACGGAUCUCUUCCCCCAGGACCUCUAAAACUUUCUUCCAGCAAGUGUAGCACUUGUUGUUUCCCUCCUUUUCCACCCAAAUCACCACCUUCUUCUCCUCGCGCUCACCAAAUUUGCAUUCCGGAACAAAACAAGUGGCGGAAAAAGGGAGGUGCGGCGAGAAUGAAUAAUUAGAUAAAGGGGUCAAGUUGGCCAUGUCCGGCCACUCAUCAGGCCAAUCCCCAGCUCGUUAGACAUCCCUAAGGCCGGUUUAUAACCAAAUCUCGGCGAAAAAUGGUGGAGAACGUCAAGAGAAAGCAAGGAAAAUAUCGAAAAUAGAAUUGAUUCUAACGUAAGAAAACGUGAAAAAUAUAAUCAGAAAGUCUCGGGAUGACAUUUUCCUUUCAUAUUAUUGGUGUUGAUUAGAUUACGAGGCAAAGAUUAUGCAAAUUUAUUCUUAUUUUCCCCGGCACUUGUCUUGGAGCAUGUAUAAUCUAAUCAGAACAUUUCCUGGGCUAUGUUUUCAACUGCUACAAUCAGCAUGUCAGACCAUACUGAAUCUCGGUUUGGACGUCGGAUAGGUCGUAAAACCACAUUGGUCCGUCAAAAAUAUUGUGAGAAUUUGUUGAAAAACAAUAAAAAAGCGCAAGGCAUAGUAAAGCACACCUAUUCCCCUGAGGCCCCACUUGGUCAGAGUGGUAAUUAGGGAUGAAUUAGGUAACUACAGGUGUGGGGAGUCAUUACUAACUUCAAUAAAGAGUAAAGACAUUAGUUUCAUCAUCAUGAUUAGCAUAUACAGUAGCCUGUACUUGAUGAUAUUGUAAGACACCAAUUGAUUUUUUGAAUAUUUUCUGAUUAAAUGAAUUUAACUUCUUCCGUUCCGGCGUUUUAAGAAAGGCCGAAACGGAAGGGGUUAAAACUUCUUGGGGAUCCCGUUUCUAUUGUUUUUUUUUCUAAUUUGCUACCAGAUUUAGACCGCUUUAAAUGUGGCCAUGCCCAAGAAAAAAUCUUCAAAAAGUCGGAGUUCCAGAUACGGCCAGUACUUGACUCCAGGUAAAGCAGGAAUGAUUUAUAUAUCCCUUGACAUAUGCGUAUCUUACAAUCAACUCACCUUUCUCACAUUUAAUAUUUACCAUGUAAUCGGUCUAUAAAAGGAGUAACCAUCAUAAUUAGCGGGCAUUCUUUACGAAUGACGGAGCGUGUUUUUGGUUGGGUAAUGGUGAUUGUUUAUUCCCAUCUCUCCUCAAGUUGUUUUGCUUCUAGACAACUUUUUAAGCCAUCUUCUCGAGGGAAAUAGCGUGACCCUCGAAGCUUUUGUAUAUUAUGCAUAUGUUUGACCCUUUCCCGCACACCUGGCUGUUCAUUUCUUGGCCCUAAUCAUUACUCCAGAGAAUUCGAAUGACAUGACUCUUCUCCAACUCAAAUCCCUUCUCUAAUGCUUUCGCACCGUGACAUAUGGAGGGGGUUUUAUUACCGACGUACUUCACACAUUUGUCCACUUUAAUGUCUCGCCCGGACCGGCAAUAUAAGCCUAAAAGUAUAUCGAUCUCGGUCUGGAUUCAAAUUCGAUUAAGAUUGGCUUCAGCCAGCCUCCCUGUCCGGCCUAGUCUGAGAUAAUUUUCUUACGUUUCUCUUUUUUUGACAAAUAGGUUGGGAUGGUCAUAUAGCCGAGAAUAAUUGGCAUAUUAUACUUGGGAUUGCAGUGUUUUUUCUACGCCGGAACGUAAUUCUAAAUCAUCGGUAUUAUAAUUGGUCAGCAUUAGUAAAGAAGUUUAACUUUAUGUAAAUCGUAUUCUAAAAUGAGCUUAUUCUCAGUACAUACAGUAGCUGCCAAAAAACUGUCAAUUUUUUUGUUCUUUGUGUAACUCUGCUCAACGUGGACGGAUUUAAACAAAACAAAUACCAUUCUGUAGAGAAUUACUGCUGUUAUCUAAUGGUGUAGUGGUUGGAACAAUUUUACAUCUUAGUGUGUAACAACUGUCGAUGUAAAAUUUUUGGAAAGACAAAAAACUGUCAAUUUUUCCAAAAAAAUUUUACCGCUUGCAUACGUCGCGGCAAAUCAUGGGCUUAUACAUUCCGAUUUUUAAAUAAAGUCCCACUGUACAUAAUUAACCAUCAAAGGGAGCCAAGAAAGUUAAUUUAGUAGACCUUUUGGUGGUCCCAAGUUCGAUACCCCAAAACAUGACGUUUAAGAAAAAAUCGAUUUUUUUCUUUGACUUAGCAUUAAUGCAAUGCCUUGCAGUAGAAGCUAGACAAUCUACAAUUAAAAUAUAACAAUGAUUGGGAGCCUAAAUGCAAGUCUACGGACUCCACUUGACAUUCAAGUUUCUCCGGUAAUCGAGUUCCUGUAGAGACUUGGCCUUGUUGCCCCCGCCUUUGUAACAACUUGCUAAUGUUUUAUCAAUACAUGAUCACAGAUGUUCUAGAAGCAUUUUAUGGGCAUUUGUAGGACGGCGAUGCAAGAAUUACGGAGGGUUAUGUUGUCAUUGCCCAAAAAAAUUUUUUGUGGAAAGUUGCAAGCCAGCUUAAGACUUUAGAAACACGUUAGAGGGCGUGAAAUUGCGUUAGAAAUGUCAGGAAUGGCUGUAAGUGUAUGGGACAACAUCUUGCUUGUCCUUGUGCUGGGUUAUUUCCAUCCUAUGGAGAGUGAAAAUCGAGACAACAAUUUUUCUUCAAAAAUUCCAUUUAGGAGCUUGUUCUUUUACGCGCAAAGUACGGGCCUGGUGCGGUAGCGGUUCUAAACUGUUCACUGUUAACAUGGGUGCCUUCUGUCGCGUUGGAACUACGAUUAGAGGUGUCUACGGAAGCACCCGGGCUGAAGUUCCGCGGUACAUCUACUGCCAGAAAAACUUGAAUGUCAAGUGGAGUCCGUAGAAUUAUAUUUAGGCUCCCAAUCAUUGCUCUAUUUUACUUGUAGGUUGCCUAGCUUCUACUGCAAGGCAUUGCAUUAAUGCUAAGUCAAAGAAAAAAAUCGAUUUUUUCUUAAACGUCAUGUUUUGGGGUAUCGAACUUGGGACCACCAAAAGGUCUACUAAAUUAACUUUCUUGGCUCCCUUUGAUGGUUAAUUAUGUACAGUGGGACUUUAUUUAAAAAUCGGAAUGUAUAAGCCCAUGAUUUGCCGCGACGUAUGCAAGCGGUAAAAUUUUUUUGGAAAAAUUGAGUUUUUUGUCUUUCCAAAAAUUUUACAUAGACAGUUGUUACACACUAAGAUGUAAAAUCGUUCCAACCACUACACCAUUAGAUAACAGCGGUAAUUCUCUACAGAAUGGUAUUUGUUUUGUUUAAAUCCGUCCACGUUGAGCAGAGUUACACAAAGAACAAAAAAAUUGACAGUUUUUUGGCAGCUACUGUAUAGUGUCUUACCAGUUACUCAGUCUUGAAGCCUUUUCACCUUGACUUUGAGGAGAAAAUCCACCAUUUAUAGCAGUAACAUUGUUCCAGAACGCCCAACAUAAAACGAGAAAAGGGCAGACAAAAAUUGGCAGGUUGCAACCUGAAUACAUUUCCUUCUUGCCUGAGGCUAUGGGAACUGAAAGUGGGCGUUGAAGGCCUUCGUAAGUUCAUUAUGAUUACAAUUCCCGCGAUAAUUACGCGUUCAACGGUCGAAUCGCGUGGCUGAAAUGCGUUAAACCCAUUCUUUUGGAUGGGAGUUGUUAGUAUAAAGCUUUGAACAGUUUCUUAACAUUGCCAGUUGCUUCUCCAGACAUAUAAAAUGCGGUACUCCAAAAGUAAGUAACGGCCUUUAUAAUUUCGACGCCAUUGCUUGAAUGCCUGAGGCGAUCAAUAUGUUGAUUCAGGCAUGUUUCCAACUCACAAAUUUUGUAGGCGAAAACCUAUUAAUAUCUUUGAUUCUUGUCGUUUUAUUUCUCACCUCUCAGUCGUCUUUGUCAUAUCACAUCAAGAACAUCAUAUCAAGUCCUUAUUCCCUUUUCCCGCCGUUGUUUCUUUUAUUUGAUGUUUUAUGUCGUGUGUCGUGUUCGAGAGACAAUCCCCAUUUGGAAUGCUUUCCGUUAAGAAGUUUACAUUUCAUUUUUCAUCCAAGGAGCUGACUUGCCCUCAGGGCAUGACUUUUUUGUUUGUUCUUGGUUCGAAACCUCGAUACCCGAGGCCAUCUGAUGGACAGCAUAAAUGGGGCGCAAUUCUGCGGGAAUCUUUAUGAUGUCCGAAGGGUUUAGCGGAAGGGAUGUUAUAAGGGCAGAAGAGAUGAUGACUAUAACAACUGUUUUGCAUAUAGUUGUUUCAACAUGAUUACUACCUGUCAUUGUAUCCAGUCUCAGGUUUAUGUUUACAAAAUCCCGACUUUUUGUUCGAAAAUCAGGUUUUUAAUGCCGAAUGUUUUUGUCGUAUAAUAGGUCUGUCAUGCCCGAAGUCAAUUCAUAACCGCGGCUUUGUGAGUCCAUUCUUCAUUCUUCAAAAUUUAUGGAUACCCGUGUCUGACCUUCCCUCCAGAUGUUUUUUGUAGCCAUCGAUUUGAAGGGAUUUAAAUCAGGCAGAAUUCUUUUAAUAAUGUAAAAAGAGUUUAGAUUAAUUAUAAUAUCAUAGUUGGAUUGAAAAACGAUAAAGUAUUCCAAAGAUAAUUAAAAAAAAGGAUAACUUUGGCUUCUGGUAUCAAUCUCGAUUACCCCCCUUUGUCUUUAAAGUUUCUCAGAAAUCCGUAACCUUUAUAAAAUUGGAUUACCCCCCCAAUUCAGCCUCUCCCACCCUCAGGCACUUUCAUGUUUCCAUUGGCCUCUCCCAUAUGACCUAAUUACUUUCAAACUUUUGUGGAGUGGACAAUCCCCCUCACUCAACUCGGGGCGUGAUUCUAUUAGAAACUCCGUCAGGAAUACUUCCGACACACGGAAUCAGAAUCCGGCCUCAUGUUUUCCUCGGGGGACAAGGCGUCGCGAAUCUGUGAGAACAGGGCGAACUGAAUGAAGUACAAGAAUGCUAAAACGGAAAAGAGUUUGUUCUUCAUCUUGCAUUAGCAUGGACGACCCAGUGCCCAGAAGAUUGCGUGUCAUCUGAGGCGGCGGGGUUCAGAGCGGUUGUUUUGGGAGCCCAGAACAAGUCUCCCGGAAAGCAAGGCCAUUUAGAAAAGAACCUUACCGUUAAGUGUUCUGUUUGUGUAACGUCUAAUCCCAUCGGCAAUAUUCUCUACAGCCUCUAAUUCAUAUUACUCUGAAAUCUAACCUAAAUGCAUCGGAGAGUAACUCAGAAGGUCUCGGCCCCACCAUCUUCUCGUAGCCAGCCUCAUUAUCGUUCUCGUCCCCAUCCGUCUUAUCAUUCCCAUGAUCCCAACUUAUCAUCCACUGCUUCAGAAGGCUCCUCACUUGAAGAUAACAGUUCUGGCGACGAGGACGAGCGUAGUCGGCUGAUGGGGGGAUCCCAGGAAGAUGAGCCCGAGAAGGAGGAAGAUGUGCCGCAGAGUAUUCAUAUCAACGUACCCGAGUUCCCGAUCGCUACAGCCACUUUUAGAAGGCCCAGAUCGGGGUCGACCAUCGGAUCUCGCCAUGGAUCCCAAUCUUUCCCGGCAGGCGCACGAAUGGGGCGGAGGUUCACCCUGAACCCGUUAAUUUUUGCAAAGGUAUGGCGUAUUAAUGAAAUUGCAAAAUCAAAAAUAUUACACUUGGCAUUUAGGAGGAAAAGGAAGCCCGUCGUCAAUCUCUUGCCCAACUCAAGCUCAGUUAUUACCCUAAAAAUCUCUCUCGUAGGUGCCCGGUCGAUUACAUAUUGAUUACAAUAAAAGUUUAGCUGAUGUAUACGAUACUGGUGUCGGUUUUUGUGGAUGGAUUCUGAUGACACUCUCUUACAUUUUCUUUAUGGUCACCUUCCCGAUAUCAGUCUGCUUUUGUUUGAAGGUGUGUUUCGCAAUGAUUACUGUAUUCUUCCAAUCAUUUAGGUGGUUCAAGAAUACGAGAGAGCAGUUAUAUUCAGACUGGGAAGGUUGAUUGGAGGUGGAGCGAAGGGACCGGGGAUCUUCUUCGUGAUGCCGUGUAUAGAAAGUUAUACAAAAGUGGACCUCCGAACAGUCUCGUUCAGUGUUCCCCCUCAAGAAGUAAGAAAAGAUUUUAAAUAGAUUAAUUCAUUGAUCAAAUUAUGAUUUCAGAUUUUGACCCGAGAUAGCGUAACAGUCUCCGUAGACGCAGUAGUCUAUUAUCGAAUAUGCAAUGCAACUGUCAGCGUGGCAAACGUCGAGAAUGCACAUCAUUCUACAAGAUUACUGGCUCAAACUGCAUUGCGGAACAUGUUAGGAACACGGAAUCUGUCGGAGAUCUUAUCCGACCGUGAUUCCAUCGCUGAGGCCAUGCAAACACUCUUGGCCGAGACCACGGCUUCAUGGGGAAUCAAGGUGGAACGGGUCGAGAUGUAAGAAAACUAUAUGGAAUCAAGUAUUUCAAAGUGUUAAAAGAGACAUAACGUGAAUGAUAUAUUUAUUUUCAGAAAGGAUGUCCGUCUUCCCGUUCAACUCCAACGUGCUAUGGCUGCUGAAGCCGAGGCUACACGCGAAGCCAGAGCUAAAGUAAGAAAGUUACUCUUCAACAAGUAAUCCAUUGCCCAUUUUCUUUAUUUAAAUUUAUAUUUUUCAGGUGAUCGCUGCCGAAGGAGAGCAAAAAGCCUCUAAAUCUCUCUGGGAAGCCGCUACAAUUAUUUCCCAAUCGCCCGCAGCCCUUCAACUACGGUAUCUACAGACAUUAAACAGUGUUGCGUAAGUCCCCACCGUAAUCCUAUUUGUUAUAUCAAACGAGUUUAUCAGUGUUUUAUGUCAUUAUUUCAAAGGCCAGGCAUCUAUUUUCAGCGCCGAAAAGAACUCGACCAUCGUGUUUCCCUUACCGGUCGAACUUUUUCGACAUUUUAUGGGCGAUUCGAUCCGGUGA